AUGUUUGUGAUUUUGUUCUUAUUGGGUGUCGUAACUCUGUUUUACGUUUGGUUAAAAUGGCAUUAUACAUUUUGGAAAAGAAAUAAGGUUGCGGGACCAAAGCCAACUUUAUUCGUCGGCAAUAUUGGAAGCUCGUUAAAUUUUUCCGAACAUUGGGGAGUUAUCACAACUGAUUGGUAUAGAGAAUACACAAAUGAACCUUACAUUGGAUAUUACAAAUUAUUCAAACCGGCCAUUCUGGUUCGCAAUCCCGAUCUCAUCAAAGACAUUAUGAUCACAAACUUCAACAGUUUUCGCAAUAAUGAUAAAGCCCUUAGCAAGAAACAGAAUCCCUUGUUGGCAACGAAUCCCGAAUUCAUGCAGGACGAGGAGUGGCGAGAAGGACGAAAGAUGAUGUUGAAAUUAUUUACACAAAACAAAAUUAGAAGUAUAAUACCGGUGAUGGAUAGUGUUGGAGCUGAUUUUGUAAAAUAUAUCAAAUCAUUCCCAGCUAAUACCGAUCUCAACGCAAAAGAAAUUUCAGUUCAAUUUACAACCGAGAAUGUAAUAAAGUGCACAUUUAGCAUCGAUCCCGGAUGCUUCAACAAAGAACAAGAGUCUGAAUUUUUGAAAGCUGGAAAAAAAGUGUACACUCCAUCAUCUUUGGUUGCGCUGAAAUUUUUGUCGCUAGAAUUCAUGCCAAAAUGGGCAAUGGAUAUUAUUCCAAACAGUUUUCUUUCAGCAUCAGUAGAUCGGUUGUUUCGAACUUUAGUUGAAACAAACAAAGCAUCUCGAUCGAAAAAUUCCCAACGCCAGGACAUUCUGCAAAUAUUGCUGAAGCUGCAAGCCAAACAUAAUUUCGACGAUACUCAUUUAACAGGACAUACACUGUCGUUAUUUGUUGAAGGCAGAGAGACUUCAAGUACACUAUUGUCCUAUGCAAUGUAUGAAUUGGCGUUGAAUACGCAUUGCCAAAAAACGGCUCUGGACGAAAUAACACGAGUUCUAUCGAAGUAUGAUGGCCAAAUAACUGUAGAAGGGCUUCGGGAGAUGAUCUACAUCAAUGGUAUUUUGUAUGAAGCAAUGCGAAUGCAUCCACCAUCGAUGGUGAUGGCUAAGAUAUGCACUCAACGCUAUACGCUGCCCAGAACUAGUGCACAAUCCGAACCGAUCACGAUCGAUCCGGGAACGGUCGUUAAUAUAAAUAUAGCGGGUAUUCAUAUGGAUCCAAAAUACUAUCCAAACCCACAGGAGUUUAUACCGGAACGCUUCAAUGAGCUAGAGCAACUUUAUCGUCACAAAGGCACCUUUCUAGGAUUUGGAGAGGGUCCGCGUAUUUGUCUUGGUCAGCGCUUCGCCAUCACUCAAGUAAAAGUUGCACUCGUCCACAUAAUUCAGAAUUUCCACAUCAAACGGUCACCAAACCAAAAGCCAAUUGUUAUUGAUCCACAAACAUUGGUGUCGUUUCCAAGGGAUGGAAUUCUAGUUCGACUUAAAACUCGUUAAAAUACGUUCAUUGUAUUCAAAGCAUUUAUAGUGAUGAAUAAUUAUUCAUCUUCAUUAUAAUUAUAAUAAGCCACAUCAUCACUUGAAAUAACAAGAAUCAACAUUGAAUUGUCAUAUAAAUUUGUCGAUUCAUGAAACAUCUGAGAUUCGUCAGGACCAUAUCAUCUCAAUUGACGGGAAUAGAACCAUAUCGUAUGUUUAUAAUCGUACCACGUGCAGUAGUAUAAAUAUAUAUGUCUAUACACGCGGUACAAUAUCAAUUGCUUGCGACCUUAUCCGCAUAGUGUUUAUGACGUAAUCUAUGGCCAAAUUAAUUGAAAGAAAUUCAGUGUAUGGGUUUUAAAAUUACGUUUAUUAUUCUAUAGAAUAAGAUUUUUUGACUUUGUAUGCAAUAUUUUGUUUAUUUCAUGUGAAAUAUCCAGGGAUCGAAAACGGUUUGACGUUUCUCAUACAAACCGAUUUCGGAACGGUUUCACUGCUUUGCUCUCUGUUCAUCGGAGCGAACCGUAUCAAGCGGAACCAUUUUUCAGAACGUUCCGAAUGGUUUUUGGUCAUUUUAAAAUUUCAAGUUCAACUUAAGAUCAGAUUAACUGAAUUAAUUUUAAAUGAUAAUAAAAACCCUUUAAGAAUUCUAUUUCUGUUAUUUCCUCUAGAGCCCUUUCCUGACUGUGCAAACGCCAACUCGUUUAAUAUCAAAGACAGAAAUUCUCUGACCGGUCCACUACUUAACAACGAAAUGCUCGUCCAACCAACGUCCGAAACAGUGGUUGCAACGGAAAUUUUUCGGGACUUUCUCGGGAAAAAAUUUUUCUUCCCACAAAUUGUUAAAGAAAAUUUAUCUUUGCCCGAAAAAGUCCCGUUACGACCGAUAGGACUCCUAAACGAGAGAUAAGGUCGAAUUUCAAUGCUUUUUUUUAGCUCUUAGUACAAUAAAACAAGCUAUUUUUUGGAUGACUUUGAAUACAAGCUUGUUGAAAACAUUAUAGUAACGUAUUACUUUACUAAUACUAAUGUCUAACUUGUCAAAUCAGUCUGGAGCGAGUAGUUUAUCUAUCUAUAUAUAUAAAGCUGAAUGUUUGUAUGUAUGUAUUAUAUCGAAACACCAAAUUCAUUUUUCAAGUGAUUUUGAGCUUGGGAAAAAUUCGAACUCAUUUUCGAAAAUGUUCAAACAUAUUUUUCAGAACGCCAAAUUGAACAUGUUUGUGCCUGUAUUUCGGCUAUGUUGAACAUACUACGACUACUUCUUCUUCGUAGCUCUCACUGAAAUGAGUUGUACUGUGAACUGAAUGUGCGAUUCUAAAGCCCUGCAAAGCAUUAUAUUUAAAAAAAAAAUGCCAACAGCUGUAAUAUGUGGCUAAGAGAGAAAGAGCCUACUUUUUUUCUAUUUUAUUUUGAAUAAAUGUUGUUCAUAGUAGCGUAGUUUUUGUAGAAUGUCAUGACACCGAUUAAAUUAUUUAAAUGCAA